GCGCGCGGGUCUAGGUAAUGGACGUUCGUUUCCUUUAUCAUAGAACUCGUUGCGGCGACGAAUUUUUCAAGGUUUAUCGGUGAAACGGCAAAUUGUGCGUACUCGUGCACCCACGGCUUCGAAGAUGAUGUCGCAGCGGGUGUGCUGCAGAACGUGCCUGGCCGAGUGUGGCGACCUCGUGCCCAUCUUCUCCGGCAACUCUUACGUGGACAACUUGCCAGAUAAGCUCCUCAGCACUAUCAGAAUUGAGGUUCAGAAGGAUGACAAACUCCCUAAAAUGAUAUGCAAAAAGUGUAUAUUUCUUGUCGACUCCUUACAUUGUUUUAAGGAUCAGUGUGAGAUGGCAGAAAUUAAGCUCAAACAAUCGCUGCAGAAUUCCUUACCAAGUUUUAAGAAUGUCGGUCAAUUACUGAACACUGUGGAAGAUAACGACCCAGCUGCUUUUCGUUCUGAAUCUUCGAGUGAAGACGAAUAUCAUGUAGAGUAUGUAUCCGAAGAAGCUAGGAUAGAAUAUGAAAAUACUAAAAAACAAAGAUAUAAGUCAAAACAAGAUCACAAAAAGAGUUCAGGUGUCAAAGUGAAAUCUGUAGAAAUCCUACCAUCAGAAUCAAAAGAAAAUAUUUACAAAAAUCUUUCAGCCAUUAAGUAUGAGUGUCCAACAGUCAAAGAGGAAGCUAAUCUGUCUGAUUUUGAAGAAAGGUCAUCAGUUAUUUUAUCUGACGAUUCAUGUAAAUAUUCGAGUAAAUAUUCACGUAAACCCCCUAAAAAUCGCUUCUAUGACACUGAGUAUGUUAAAGAAGAAAUUGUGCAUGUUGAUGAGUCAGUAGCAAGAAGAGUUACUAAAAGAAGAACAGAUGAUGAGGAUAUGUUUAGCCAGUCUUUGUCCAAAGUACCCAAGAAAGUGGUAUUUAAAGAGGAGGAUGAGUAUAUUGAUGAAGACUUGCAUUACAUGGAAAUAACUAAUCAAUCAGUGAGCACACCGAUUGUGGUAGAAGACAGUAGCCCGCAGUACAAUUCAGUUGAGGAAAAAACUUAUGAGACAGGCAAUGUUCCAAAAGUAAGAAUGAAUUCUUUACCAUCCAUACCACCCAAUGAAGAGUAUCAAAAUACACUAGAAAAUAGAAUGAACGUUGUGAUGAAGUAUGCAACUUUAAAUUUUCCUGAAAUAUGCACAAUUUGUUCGGGUUCAUUCGAAUCCCAUACUGAGGUAUUGAAACAUAAACUUGAAUGUCAUUUAAAGCCAGAUCAAACCAACUACUUUUGUCCGAUUUGUCAUGAGAGUUUCUCAUCAAAUCGUGAUCUUGUGGAUCACAUAUAUAUUCAUGAAGAUAUUCACUGUCUUAUUUGUGUUUUUUGCUCUAACUGCUUUUAUACUGAAGAAUCGCUUAGGCGACAUCUUCGUGAUGCCCAUGUAAACCUGCGAAAGCUCAAGUGCCAGAAGUGUCCGAAGCAGUUCUACCAAUUUCAAGCUAUACUCUAUCACUUACGAACUCACGUGACUGAUGCUUACUUGACUUGUAUGAUAUGUCCAUUAAAAUUCAAUGAUAAAGAGAGUCUUCAGAUUCAUAUAAAUAAGGAACAUGGGAAACAUCUUUUAUUCAAACCUUCAAAGUGUGAAACUUGUGGCAUGAGAUUGUCCAAAAAAGAAUUGGUUGAACAUAUCAUGAUGCAUCCUAGUCAUCUCUGUCGCUAUUGUAAAAAAGGCUUCAUUAAGAAAGAAUUACUUAGGGAACAUAUUGCCACGCAUGAAACAGUUGAACAAGAACAAAAUCAGCAGCCCAGUAAAAAGCAUCACUUUGACUGCUACUUGUGCACUGAUUCCUUUGUGACAAUUGAUGAGCGCACUCAGCACAUGCAAGAGCAACAUAUGCAGAUCCAAGAACAGUGCACGCAGUCAACGGAAGUGCCGUGCAUACAGCCAGCCCCAGAGCAGCUAUCCACAUCAAAGAAGGUUGAUACUAAGAAGUUUAGAUGUCGAGUGUGUCACAAGAUUAUUGUAUCACAGAAAACGUACAUCGCGCAUCUCAAGAAUGUGCACACAAAUUCUAAGCAGACUAGUGAAAUUCUCAGAGAGCUGUCUGAGUCGUUGAUCAAUGAGAGGCGUAAUGAGCAGCAUAACAAAAGCAAUAACUCAUUCGAAUUCACGUGAGACAACAUUUAGCCUGUUUCUUCUUUGAAGUUUCAAUUUUGAAUGAGAUGAACGCAUUCUAUGCCUGUGUUUUGAUAUACUUUCUCAUAAGAUCAUGUUUAUAGAACAUCUUGUGCAUUAAGAUAGCACCGCUAUUAAAUGAGUAUUUAUUUAUAUUACACAUUUUUCAGUAGUCAAAGUAAUCGUUUCUCAAUUACAUGAAAAAUGUGGGGGAAAAAAAGUUUCAUUGCAUCUUUUAAAUGUAAAUGAAGUUUUAAUUAUAAUUAAAAAAAUAUUUUAUUAAUCAUAAAUUUAAAUGAUGAAAUAAAAAUUCGAGUAUCUCUACAAAAAUCGUGAAGAAGGACUAGUAAAAUUUUUUAUAAAGCAUUUUAUUGGCAAAUCCUUUGAAAAUGAAAAAUAUAAAUAGUACUGUAAAUAAUACGAUACAUACAAAUCUAACUUUAAUAGUAGUUCUUCAAAUUGUAUGUACUGCAAUUUUUUCACUAUUGUAACUUUCUAAGUAAUAAUUAUACAUUUUUUUCAUGUAAACGAGUUAGUUACCUAUUUCACUAUAUUAAUGUUGAUUAUUAAUUUUAAUCAUUGUACAUCCAUUUUUUUACGAUUUCGACGUCUAAGCGUUUAAGUAUAACGGAAAAUAGAUUUUCGUGCUCAAUUUUUAAAGUAUAUAAUAUUUACUUUUUACUGCACAAAAAUCUACUACAUAAUGAAUUAAAAACUUAGUUGAUAGCCAAACUUUCAGUUACAACAUAUUUUAAUGAUUAAAGAUUAUGAAUGACAAUAUUUUUUAUGUUGAUGUACAAAGAUUUCUUAGAAUUAGUUUUGAUCUAUAAGAUGUAUAAAUUUAUUCUCAAGAAGAAAAGUGAAUGUUAUUAUCAAGCAAAAACGAAUGAUCUCCAUUUUUGUAAAACUUGAUCACUUAUAGUCUCAACUCACCUUCCCGUUUGUAGUACACGAUGUUCUAUUUAAAUAGUUUCAAACUUUAAUUAUGUAGAAACACGUUAAUGUAAUUACCCACGCGAACGUAUACACGUAUAAAUAUUUGAAUGAGAAAAUUGUAAAUUGCAUAGUACAGUUGUAAAUUAAAAAUUAACCAACAAUCGUAACCAUCCAACACCAGUACUGGCAAAAUAGUACGUCUCUAACAUCGAGGCAAUUAAGAACGUUCAUGAUCUGUUCAAAUCGGAAAUAGUUGUUGAUUUAAAAAUAAGGGUGUGCCUUAAUUUACACUUGUGAUUAAUAUACAAUGCUUAUAAGUAUAUGUAUAUAUUAGGAUGUCUGGGGUAUUCCAAAAUUAUUUUCUUUUUCAUUUCCCACAACAAACUAUUUCUACAACUAAUACUUUUACCUCGAUUUGGCGGCACUAAGUAACCGGAUAAAUUUUUUUUAAAGUCGCGAAAAAAUUUCGUCAUCCACAUUUACUGAAAGUUCAGUGAUACUUGCACUGGGGGCAUGAAUUAAUUUCUCGGA